AUGUUAAAAGAUUUUGUGGAAGCAGAUGAAGUUUAUCUGGGAGGCAAAAAUAAGAAUAGGCACUGGGAUAAAAAGGCACCCAAAUGCCAAGGAAGUAACGCAAUUGCUCAAGUAGUUCCUAAUGUUAAACAAAAAACAUUGGAGCCAUUAAUUAGAGCUAAUGUUAAAGAGGGAAGAAAGGCUUCUACUAAUUCAGCCGAAAACGUUAACUCUCGCCUCAAAAGAGGAAUCUAUGGAACUUAUUAUUGGGUAAAAAAGAAAAAUGUCCAAAGAUAUGUAAAUGAGGUUAUUUUUCGUUUUAAUACUCGAAAAUAUAGCACGCAAGAUAGGUUUGAUUUAUUGCUUUCAUCAGCUGCAGGAAAGAGGUUAACUUAUCAACAAUUAAUCAAUGGUAAAAGUUAUUGUAGCUCUUGCAACAUAAAAUUACAUGUAGAGAAGCAUGAUAAAGAAAAUAUAGCAAAAGAGUCAGAGCUUGAUCAGAUGCUGAAAACUGCUAUAAAUACUCCACCACUAAAACUUAAAGAUCUUAAAGAAAAACUUAGAAAGGAAGAAGAAGAAAAAAAGAGGAAUUCUGAGGAGAAAAAAAAUUCUAAUCCGACCGAACGAAAUUUAAUUCUCUUAAAUUUAGGUUUCUUCUCCAAAGGUGAAUUAUUAACGGCUAAUAAUCUGGUUUUGGCUGUCUUUCCUCACAUCAAUAAUUUUGAAUGUCAGCAAUAUUUAAUACGACAGACCUUUGAAGAAGCCGUUCAUACCGAUACUUUUAUUUAUUGUUGUGAUAGUUUGGGUUUAGAACCAAAUGAAAUAUAUAACAUGCAUCUUGCUGUCCCUUCAAUUGCCGAAAAAGACAACUUUGUUAUUGAAUUAACCAAAUCGAUAUCUAAUCGCAAAUUUGAAAUUAAAAAUGGUAGCGACAUUCAACUUUUUCUCCACGAUUUAAUUGGUUAUUAUGUGAUAAUGGAAGGGAUAUUUUUCUACGCUGGCUUUGCUAUGAUGUUAGCCUUGAAAAGAAACAAUAAAAUGGUUGGUAUCGGUCAGCAAUUUGAAUUCAUUAUGCGCGAUGAAAGUUUACACUUGGAAAUUAGCGAAUUAAUUAAAAAAGCCACCGAAUUAGAAAAAAAAUAUGCUUUGGAUGCUUGUCCGGCAGGAAUAGUAGGAAUUAGUGCUGAGGAAUUUAGUAAAUAUGUGGAAUAUAUUGCUGACCGUCGUCUCGAAAGAAUUGGUUUACCGAAAGUUACUGAAUACCAAACUGGUGGUAGUUUGGAGUGA